AAUCCAAAUGCUACAGGAGGCUAGUAGGUUAGGUGGCUGCUUAGGGACCAUGGGUGUGCUAAGUGACUUGGGCUGAGAGGCAUUCAAAUUCAAAAUUUGUAAACACUGGGUAUGCUAAUAAAAUGCAUCCUCAGGUAGGGCAGCCAGCUUGUAACUCUUGGCUAUGGAUAUAUUUUUCUCCCCAACUCCAUAGUAAAUUCUUUAUGCAGAGGUUCUCUUUUAAAACAUUUAUUUUUCCCCCCAGCUUUAUCAAUGUAUAAUUCACAAACAAAGCAGGGGUUCUUAAUUUUAUUUGGGUCACAGACACUUUUAAGAGUCUGGCAAAAGCUAUGGUUCCUAUUCCCAGAAAACUGUGCCUUUGCAGAUGCAAACGCAAUUUUACAUGCCUUUCUAGACCCCCUAGAGCCUGUCCAUGGAAGGAGAGGCUAAGAACCCUGCUGAGAAAGUGGUCACCAUUACCUCCAUCCUGGGGCCUGACUCCAGUUCCUUACACCCGAAGAUGCUCUACUCACUACUUACGAUGUCAGCAUGUCUGCAUGCAACAGUUAAGGGUCAGAGGCUUCUAUAGGUCUGCAAGCCAGUUCGCUGGGUGAAGGCAUGUGUUCUAUCAGGCCAGACAAGGUAUUUUCUGUUAACAACGAUUGAGCUGAUCAGAAACACUUUUAAAAGUGAAUACAAAUAACAGCAAGUGGUAUAAAUCAUGCUUGAUUUUAGGGUGAUCUGGGCAAGCUACAAAACCGGGCUGCACUUUUAGAGAGCGAAGGCAAGUUCCCCAGCGUGUGGGAGCCUGAAUCCCAUUUCUGCCUGCCUCUGUCUUCACAUGGGUGACCUCUCUGGAUCCUCUCUUCUUCUUAUAAAAACACCAGUCACUGGAUUUCUAUCCAUCUAAAUCCUGUAUGAUAACAUCUUGAGACCCUCUCAGUGAUGGGUGGCAUAAGUGGAAAUAAACUCAAGCUGAUGCUUCAAAAACGAGAAGCACCUGUUCCAACUAAGACUAAAGUGGCCGUUGAUGAGAACAAAGCCAAAGAAUUCCUCGGCAGCCUGAAGCGCCAGAAGCGGCAGCUGUGGGACCGGACUCGGCCCGAGGUGCAGCAGUGGUACCAGCAGUUUCUCUACAUGGGCUUUGAUGAAGCGAAAUUUGAAGAUGACAUCACCUAUUGGCUUAACAGAGAUAGAAAUGGACAUGAGUACUAUGGCGAUUACUACCAACGUCACUAUGAUGAAGACUCUGCAAUUGGUCCCCGGAGCCCCUACAGCUUUAGGCAUGGAGCCAGUGUCAACUACGAUGACUACUAACCAUGACUUGCCACACGCUGUACAAGAAGCAAAUAGCGAUUCUCUUCCUGUAUCUCCUAAUGCCUUACACUACUUGGUUUCUGAUUUGUUCUAUUUCAGCAGAUCUUUUCUACCUACUUUGUGUAAUCAAAAAAGAAGAGUUAAAACAACACAUGUAAAUGCCUUUUGAUAUUUCAUGGGAAUGCCUAAAAUGCAUCUCAUUUAAAAAUAGAAAUAAAGCAUUUUGUUAAAAA